AUGGUGUUGCAGAAGAGGUUGAACUAUAGUUUUGAUGGCUAUCAUGUGCCUGUCAUUCCUAGAGCUUCAAGAUCUGUUAGGGGGAGGGGUUCCAUCCGGAAGAAGCGCGACAGCAGUCAUAUACAUGCUUUCGAAAUUCUAGCUAGCGUAGCUGGCAAUUUCUUGCAUGCAAACGAGAGUUCCAACCCUGAAAACACUUCUUUUCCAAAAGAAGCUGAUAUUUUUCAUGGUAAUGAUGUAAAGGAGAAAGAGAAUGAUGAAACAGUAGGGUUGUUUAAGGGGGACCUUUUCACGCACGGGACGUGUAGCAAAACUACCACUACUUGUGUCCCUAGUUUGCAAGGAGAACAUGACAACCAAAGUAUUGCGGUGUGCGAAAAUGUGGCCCGAAUAAUGGAUGGUUUAUUUUCUCAUGGCAGCCAUCUUGAAGGGCAAGGACAAAAUGUCCUUGAGAGGGAAGAUGGAGGCAUGAAAAGAAGAAAUUCUAAUGAGAAAAUCAUCCAUAUCAAAGGCAGCUAUGUCGGAGUUACUGAACCAGGUCAUAGGGUAUUUAAAGAUUGCACUUUGGAAAAUAAUGUGGAAAAGCCUUUGCCAGAGUGUCACAAUCAUCUUGAUCCUUCGCACGGCGGUUCCACUGCUAGGAAAUUAGUUAAUACAGAUAAUGACGAAAACUUUGCUCGGUGCACUCAAUCAAACUUGAGGAAUAAGAUAUCGAGUUCACCACUAGACACACCAAAACUGAAGGAUGCAAGUCCUAUUGCAAGUGAUGAGAACAAUAGUAGAGACAACUCAGAACUCGAAAAUUUACAACGCAUGUAUCCAUUUAAGAAGAGGAAGUUCUUUAAUCAGACCUCAUCAUCCACAUCCGAUAGAGGCUCUCAGUGUCAAGGCGUAUUUGAUUUUUCAGACAGCAAAGUUAAUAGCACAAUCCAUGGUACAGGGAUUGAAGAAUCGUCCUCUAUAGCUGGUCAACAGCUUCAUCCUGGAUCCAAGGGUUGUAAUGUGAAGCUUAGCAUAAAAUCCUUCAAAGUCCCGGAGCUUUUCAUUGAUAUACCAGAAACUGCAACAAUUGGAUCACUGAAGAGGACAGUGAUGGAGGCUGUGACAACUAUACUAGGAGAUGAACUACAUGUCGGCAUCCUUUUGCAGGGAAAGAAGAUUCGAGACGACAACAAAACUCUGAUUCAGACAGGGAUAUGCCAAGAUGACAAACGUCAUAGGUUAGGGUUCAUGUUGGAGCCAAGACAUACUAGGAUUUCUUCACCUUCGUACAAUGAAGACCCUUGUUAUUUAACUUCUAGUCCACAACAAAAGUUAUCUAGGCAAUCAACAUCAUUAAUGUUCCAACAGGGAACAUAUAAUGUAUCUCAAGAACGCUCUCUGAUCAAAAUUGAAAGUUGUGCUGAAGGUGAUCUCAAAUUGGCCUCCUCUGUAGCAGAUACUUCAGCUAACAAUAACAUGUCCAAGUGUCGUGCUCUCGUAGCAGUUCCUGCCAUUAACAUGCAAGCAUUAGCUGUGGUCCCAUUGCGGCGCAAAUCUGGGAAUCCUGACUUCGGACAGCGUCGAAUUAGGAGGCCUUUCUCUGUCCUUGAAGUAGAAGCAUUGGUUCAGGCAGUUGAAAAACUUGGAACUGGAAGGUGGCGCGAUGUCAAACAACGUGCUUUCGAUCAUGCAAAGCAUCGAACUUAUGUGGAUUUGAAGGAUAAGUGGAAGACAUUGGUGCACACAGCAAGAAUCUCCCCUCAGCAAAGAAGAGGAGAACCUGUACCUCAAGAGCUUUUGGAUAGGGUCUUAGCCGCACACGCGUAUUGGUCUCAACAACAAUGCAAGCACCAACUUAAACCUUUGUAAGAGCCUGUUCAAAAAUAUUGAAGCAUGCAGAAGAACAAGUAAAUUUGCUGCAAAAUCUAGGUUUAAAGUAGUGUAGUUAUCCCCAAAAAAAGAAAAGAAAAAAAGUUGAUAGUAUGUUCAUCUUACAUAAUAUGAUAACAUAAUUGAUCCAUAAUUUGGCUU